GAGACCUAGGGAAUCUUGAAGGAAUUCACAGUCAACUUUUACCAAAGCCAAAUUCGUUUGGAUUAGGAAAAAUCGCCAAAAUGACGAUCUAUUAUAUGAUUGUAUUUAUUCUGCUGAUGCUAGAAAUAGUAUCAUUUGUGAUACUUAGCUUACCAUUGCCUAUGAGGGUGAGAAAAGCUAUCUUGAACACCAUCAGUAACUCUCCUAUUGCUGGUAAAAUUGAGCAUACUUUAAAGAUUAUGAUCAUUUGUAUUUUGGUCCUGUUUUCCGACUCUGUUCGUAGAGUGGUUCGCAUUAGUACCGAAUUUGAUAUGUCAGGAGCCGGUUCUACUACCGCUGAAAAUGCUCGUACUGGGUUUAAGGCUGGUCAAUUUUAUGCACAAAGAAACUUGUAUCUCUGUGGAUCUGCUUUGUUUCUUUCCUUGGUCGUUAACCGUUAUUACCUCUCUCUCAAAACCCUGAUUGCUUCUGAAGAAAAAGUUGAAGCUCUUCAAUCCGAACUCAAAUCCAACAAAUCUGACACUAAGUCUUUAGAAGAACUCGAUACAUUGCGCACCAAACUUGAAUCUCGUGAUAAAGAGUACUCUGCUUUGUCUGAUAAAUACGCUGAGGCUACCAAAACUUUGGAGAAAAAGAAAGACAUUUAAUGAUAGUACUGUUUGUAAGCAUUCAUUCGUUAUGUCAUACUUUUUUAGGAAAUUUCCUUACUCACCUGAAGAAGCCGUUGUCUAGUCAGAAUGAAUUUCUACAUUGGUCGUUAUUCUGUCUUUAUUUUUUUAUAUGUUCCUAUCAUCUUGUUUUUAACCAAUGCUUUAUAUAUAGCCAAGUUUUCUAUGAUUUUCGUAUUUUAAAUUGACAUAACUGAAUAAUAAAGUUUGUGAUCUACACUUCUCCGAUA